UACUUUUCAUGGAUUUAGUGAUUUCAUUUCAUAACAAAAAGAAGAGGUGCUUAUUUGAAGUUUCAUAUCAUUAAAAAUGUCUGAAACUUCGGAAAAGGCAGAAAACUGUUCAGACGCUAGAAGACGAAUUCUUAACAUAGCUGUUUCUACAGUUCUACUAGAAACUGGGUUUGAAGCAGCAGACAAAAUGUCCCUAGAAACUCUCACGGAAAUGUUACAAUGCUUUUUCACUGAAGUUGGAAAUUCAGCCAAAGGAUACUGCGAACUUUCAGGAAGAGUUGAACCCGUUUUGGGAGAUGUUGUUAUGGCACUCAUCAAUAUGGGUAUUGGUCUCCAAGGUUUAGAACAAUAUGCAGCUCGUCCUAAUAGACAUAUAAUUCAACCACCCCAGCAAGCACCAGCACCUAAGACCCCAGCUAUGUUAUCAGCAGGAUCUAAAGCUAAACCUGCACCUCACAUACCAUUCCAUUUGCCACCACUGCCUGAUCCACAUGCGUAUAUUAGGACACCAACUCACAAACAACCAGUUACAGAAUAUGAAGCUAUAAGAGAGAAGGCUGCCUCUCAAAAAAGGGACAUAGAAAGAGCUUUAACUAAAUUUUUAGCAAAAACUAGUGAAACACAUAAUCUCUUCAACACUGAAGACAAUCAAGUUUUUCCAUUGAUAGCAUGCAAACCAACAUUCCCAGCUUAUUUGCCAUGCCUGCUGCCUACUGACCAAGUGUUUGAUUUUGAUGAAUUGGAAUAUCACUUUCAAGUAGCUAAUAGAACAGAAGAUAUGCCCACAGAAAAGAAAGAUCAGUCAGACAAUGAGGGAGACAAUGGUGGAGAUAAUGAUAACACAAAUGCUUCUCAAUCAGAGAGUCAAGACAUUAAUACUGCUACAUCUAGUCCAGACAGAAAUAAGGCAGGUGGAUGAAUGUCCAAACAAUAUUUAAGACAUAUUAUGUACUGUAAUUAUUAAUAAAGUUUUAUUUAAGAUCUGUGGCCUAAUUUUUUAAUUUCAAAAUAUAUUGCAAUCCCUUUCAGAGGUAUAGUGAUUGUGAUAGCAGUUAAUGGAAUUAUGUAACAUAAAAAUUAGCACAAUCGAGACCCUGGUUAUACCUAUAUGAUUUAUAAACUUCAAGUAGAACCAAAGUAUAAUAAUACCUUAUUAUCUUAAUAGGUGUAAAAAAAUAUAAACAUAUAGACAAAAGUAUUUAUUUAACCUUAAAAAAUAAAAAAUUACUUCAAAGAUGCAGAAUCAAUCACAGGGAGGACUUUGAUUCCAUCCCUGUUGACCACAGUUACUUGGAAGUUGGGCAGACUAACAAAAAGUCUCUUGUGCACUUCCUGUACACACUUCUUCAAUAUUUCAUAUGCCUCUUGUUCAGUUGCAUCU